ACGAGUGCCUUGGACAGCCCGUUCAUGGCCAACAAGGACAGCCUCGCCCGCUACUCCUGCGCCCACCCCGCUUUUGCUGAGCACCUCGAGUUCCGCCGGGCGCAGGAGGAGGCCCGGGCUCGCGCCACUCUGCCCGGGCGGGGGGGCGAGGUGCUUGUUGGCUUCGGGCAGUUCAAGGAGGACACCCUGAAGGACCUGUACGACUCCAAGGAGAAGGAGCGUCAGAACUACGUCAAGUGGCUACGGCGGAAGACCCCGCAGCCUGGGAGCUCCAUGGACGUCGCCAUAAAGUACAUUCUGGGCCGAGACAAGGAGCGGUCGGCGGAGGCGGCUGCUACACCCCCUCCGCCCGCCAGCAUCAGCACCAGCAGCGGCCCCAGCACCACCACCAGCCAGGCCGCUGCUUCCACCGUGCUGCCGCCCCGCAAGCCGACCACUCCCAAUUUCUCGGCCCUUGUGCGGGGGCGUCCGAUGGGCCCCAGGGAGCUGCAGGCCCAGAUCAGGAAACUGAUUAACCCACCAGCACGGCCUGCAGCUCCAGCGGUGUCUUCCGUCAGAGACCAGCGCCCCUCGGUUCCGCCGCCCCCCACCACAGAGGUGACGGACGAGGAGCUGGUCCGGAUGGUCACUGACGUAGAAAUGGGUAACUGGCACCACACCGGACGUGUCGCACUGUAACAUUGGCCUUGGAUAUCUAUUCGUGAGUCAGUAUGUUUGCAUUAACUGUAACUUUUUCAUUUGCUGGUCGCUAAAGCUGAUGCCUGAAGGAUAAAGGUAGGUUUAUCAGGUGAUGUAGCCGUCUUUGUAGGUGGUAGACGCGCCGUCCUCACUCACGUGGUGGUAAUGUGGAUUUGAUUAAACUCCCAGUCUAGCAAACCUCGCCUUGUAACUAACAGUCGCCUUGUAGCACACCUCUUAACGGUCGCCUUGUAGCACUAAACCAUUUUAUCUAAUCAACGGCAUGCUGCACGUCAUGAAUGCUCAGACUCACUUUGGCCCUUUCCCAAUCCUUUGCUCUAAAGAAAAUCUCAGCCCUAGCCCUCGCUGUUGCGCGUGCACGCACCGUGGAGCAAUGUCCCAAUACCACUUUAAGGUAGCUUUAAGGGGUAAGGGGGAGGGCUAACAUCCCCUCAAAAUUGAGAUUUUCGAUGGGCACCCUCAAAGCGAUUCAGUUCUGACUUGCUCCCACAAUACCUUGCGAGAAAACGGAAAAUCCAGAAAUAUCCUAGACAAGAUGGAGGACGAAAAGAUGCGACAGGAUUGGAAAAACACAAAUGUAAGUAUUUUCUCUGUAAUUAACUAGUAAUUAUUUUAUUAAUUAUACUCUGCAGCCCGGCUGCGGGCUUCGAAGCCCGGCCAAGGAC